CUUUUAAAUAAAAGUCAGUUCAAACGAAGUUUGAUUUUCGAUUUAUUACAUUGUUUAUCGAAAGUUGAGAUAAAACCAAAUCCACAAACCGCACUUGAUUAAGAAGAUGACCAAAUGCGCCAACCUCUUCGCAAAGCCUCCGUAUAUAUUGCACUACUGCUAAUAUUCGAGGCCGUUACCGGGCUGCUCAUUAUUAUCGUAACAGCUAUCUACCAGUGGAUUUUGGCUGACUAUCUGGAUGAUAUAGAAAACAACCUGCUCUUCAGUUAUCUCUUCAACAUUUACAUUUUUGGUGCCCAACUUGUUGUCAGCUUCCUUUGCAGUCUCUCGCUGUGGAAUCGCUUGUGGAAACGACGUUGUACGCCCAAUGUUCGAUUAAUGAUAUCCGUUUGGCUCUUUUAUUGCUGUAUAAUUAUAUCAUCGGGAUUUGGCACCCUUUGGAAUGUAUACUAUAACAUCGAUGUGCUGGAAAAUGCGGCGGAAACUUCGCUAUUUCGCGGCAUUGAUGAGUAUUACUCCAACCCGGAAUGGAAACUUUUAUGGGAUGGUCUGCAGUUGCGAAGACAGUGCUGUGGUGUUCACAACUACAGAGAUUGGAUGAAGGCAGAAUGGAUGCCAAGGCAAGAGAGUAAUUGCACAAGGAAAUCCGUCUUAGCUCCCCUUGCCUGCCAGAAGAAACUUCAUGAUAAUAACGCGCCAAAUUAUAUGCUGGAUGGACAGCAAGAGCCUUUCCCAACACUGACAAUCAAUUCGAUAAACACGAAUGGAUGCUUGCCUGUUUUCACUGACUUUGUGUGGCGUUACUUUUACAUUCUGCUGUUGUUAUUAUUAUUGGCCUUAAAGUUCUUGAUUUGUCUGUGCUGUUUCACAAAGUACAUACUACAACGACAGAAUCUAGGUGAUGGUUGUGAUAAUGCCGGGCUUACAGAUGAGGAUGGGCGACCCUUGGUUAUGGUAAAGUAUCCAAGGAAUGUAAGAUGCGUUAUUUUGGGAGAGGACGAUUUGGCAUCUGAUAUAGCGCCCGAUGUCGCGUACUGUAAUUGUGACGAAGCUGGUGGUGAACAGUGCGAUUACUGUGAAAACUAAACCGAACAUAUCUAAUAUAUAUUUUGUUA